UCGAGAUUCGCAGCAUAAAACUUUGCUAAGCAUAGAUUUAUGCACGUACACGUUGUUUUCGGUUUGAAUUAUAUUUCCCAUUGUGUUGUUUAGUUUAUAAAAUCUAAAACAUUCUUACAAUGUCGUCAUUUUUCCUAAAAGGAAAACCACGAAAGGAGACGGUCUUGAAGCGAAAGUACGACAAGACACUCUCGAACAAAAAAGAUAAAAAGGCUUCCCGUAAGGAAAAGCCCCAACCGGAAUCGGAAGAGGAAAUCGACAGCGAUCAAGAGGAAGAGCUAAGCGCGGCUAUAAUAUCGAAAAAGAAAAAAUUCAACUUCGAAGAUGAGGACGAAGCAAUGCUCGAAACACCGCAGGAUAAACGGCUUCGGCUGGCCAAAAAGUAUCUCAACGAGAUUUCCGAAAUCGAACAAGGAAAGCGAGAGGACGAAGAGAUACACGACAGUAUCUCGAAGGUUUUGAGGGAGGACUAUCUCGAAAGUGUGGGGAAACUUUAUCGGGAGGUUUCCGACAACUAUCUGGGAUACGAUUUGGAUAGUGCGGUCACUCUGAAAUUUAAACAGCAACAUCUUUCUCCGACUUGCUUGUGCCUGACGGAGGACGAUCGCUUUCUGUAUGUGGCUAACAAAAACGGCAUUAUUGCUCGGUGGGAUUUGAACAAGAAGGAAAAACUGUGUUCCACGAAGCCGCAGCGAACGUCAAUUCAGGCUUUGGCGAUAUCGUACGAUUUGAAGUUUCUAGUUGUUGCCGAUGGAACUAAUGAAAUUAAAGUUUUGGACGGCACUUCACUGGAACCAGUUAACAGUCUCAGUGGGCACUCGGAUGUUGUUACCGGAGUGGUUUUUCGUAAAAAUACACAUCAAAUGUAUUCUUGUAGUAACGAUAGAACCGUUAAAGUCUGGUCACUGGAUGAAAUGCUGUACGUCGAAACGCUCUACGGCCAUCAGUCAGGCGUAACCAGCAUUGAUGCAUUAGCUCGGGAACGUGCUAUUACAUCCGGUGGUAGCGAUCACUCCGUGCGGAUUUGGAAAAUCGCCGAAGAAUCGCAAUUGGUGUACAACUGUCCAGCGACCGUCAACAGCGUUGAAUGUGUUCGGUUGAUAGGUGAUGAACAUUUCCUUACCUGUGGUACUGAUGGUUCCGUGUCGGUUUGGAGUUCGGGGAAGAAAAGACCUCUUCACACUGUUCCACUAGCCCAUGGCCAGUCAUCGAACGGUGAGGCUAAUUGGAUCAGUUCGAUUGCUACUCUACUGAACACGGAUGUUAUUGCUUCCGGUUCGUGUGACGGCUGGGUGCGGUUGUGGAAAUUGGUUGGACCAGGUAAAAAAAUUGAACCGCUAAUGGAAGUUCCGGUGGAAGGAUUUGUGAAUGCUCUUAAGUUUACCGCUGAUGGCAAGCGGUUGAUCAUCUGCGUAGGACAAGAGCACCGGCUGGGUCGAUGGUGGAGUAUAAAGCAAGCGAAAAACAGAACUAUCGUGCUGCCACUGAAGGUGGUCGAGAGAGAGGAUCAUAGAAAAGCAAAUAAAGAUUAA